AUGGAGGCUUCAAAAUCUGAUUCAAAAUUUUUAGGGAUUAUUAGGAAAAUAGAUGCUUUUUCGAUGCCAUUUUAAUUUAGUCUUUGUCGAUAAGAAAAGACUUGUAAAACACUUGUUGGAGGAUUUGUAACUUUCAUAGUCUACUCUAUAUCUUUGGCAUAUUUUAUUUACAUUACUAAUCUUUAUUUUACAACUGGUUAUCAACCUAAGGUUUCUACAAUAGAUUUAUUUUAAGAAAAUAUUCCUUUUUAAGUCUCUAAUGACUCAUUUGCAUUUAAUUUCUUUAUCUAAUAUAGAGGAAAUAUUUAACAACUUGAGAAUGAAACAGGUAAAAAAUAUCUUUCAUUUUUAAUAUAUUACUAAUAUUUUGAUAGUGAUGGUAAUCUAAAAAAUAUGAUACUUAAUACAGUUAAAUGCUAAGAUAAUAGCUUGUCAGAAUAUCUAUGCAUUGAUUUUACUUCAUUGCCCUCACCAAUAAAUAUUAAAUACAAUUAGCUUUAAUCUAGCAUAAAUUAAGAAGGAUUUUAGAUUGUUUAUUUGUAGUGUAAAGGAAGUGAAAACUGUGCUAGCGAUUAAGAUAUAGCUGAUAUACUGUAUAAUCCAUAUAAUGGAAUUUAGUUUUCUAUUAAAUUGGAAAGGUAUAAUACUAUUAACUAAUAUGUAGAGACAGUUAGAUAAAUAAAAUCAUAUGUAUUAGAUUAAUUUGUUGGUACGAGACAUUUAGUACAAUUAAUUCAAUCAAAAACAAUGUUAAUUGAAGGUUUUAUUUUAUAGAAGAGAUUAUUAAACAAUUAUUUAGAUUCUUUUGAAGAAGUUUCAGAGAUUAAAUGGCUUUAAUCUUUGCAAUAAUAAACUUAGCUUCCAAUCAUAGGAGAAAUAGUAAUUAGCAUGAGUACAAAAUAAAGGUUUAUUACAAUUUAAUUUCCUCUAUAUACUGAAACAUUUGCAUAAUUUUUUAGCGUUUUUGCGCUUUUAACUUUUCUUGGGAAAAUUGGUUACACCUUUUCUGAAAUAGAAAUAUACUAAGAAAUAUCAAAUCUUUUUUUAAAGAAGUAUUAUAAAUAAACAGCUUUUAAAGCUUAUUAUGAAUUUUUUACUAAAUCAAAUUAAGAAGCAGAAUAGUAAAAUUAAAAUACAGAGAAACAAACUUUAAAAGAUGCUUAGGAAAUAUUAAACGUUAACCAAAAAAUUAGUAAAAUAUUUUUCCCAAAGAAGAUGUUUUAAUUUUUAAAUUUAGGCAUAAUAUAAAAGCUCUAAAUUUAUUUAAAAAAAGAAAUUCCACUUAAGUUUUUAGAAAAAAAGCCAACUUAGCUAAAACAGAUCCAUAACAUUAUGAAAAACACUCAUAAAUAUGCUAAUUUGAUAGAAUUUUAUAAGGAUAUAAUUUAAGUUAAAAUAAUUGUUAGGUUAUUAUUAACAAAAGAAUAGUUUUCUGCUAUUAAAUACUGUGGAUUAGACAUUUAAAAAGUUAAAUAAUAAUAAAUUAAAGAAUAUCUUCCUGAUAUUUAAAAAUUCUAAGAAAAAUAAUCAGCUGGUACUAUCAAAAGCAAUAAAGAUGUUUUAUUAACAGAUUUGUAGUAAACAUCUAAGUAAGUAAAAUUAUACAUAGAUUAAAAAGAAGAGGAGUUUAGAAUUUAAGGACAAUUUUAGUAAAAUACUACGGAACAAAUAAACUUUGAAAAGAUAACUGAAUAAUAGACAACCUAUCUAAAUCAUCUUGAACAAAUAGAAAAAAUAGAUUAAGAUGACAAUAUUUCUUAAUAAUAUUUUAUUAAAUACUUAAAAAAUAUGUAGUAAAAAGAUUAAAUAAGCGAAUUAGAUUAAAGAAUUUUGAAUAGCUUAAUUUAAGUUUAAGAAAAAUAUCAGAGUUAAGAUAAUCAAUUUAAUUUAUAAAUAUGA